CAUGUAAGAAUUAUGUAAGCUCGUUGGAGGAGAAGAAGUGAAUCUGAGUCUAGGCAGAAGUUUGGAUGGACUGUAAGAAUGUAGUUGCUGUAACUGAUUCUACAAACUAUAGUGCUCUCCUAGAGGAGGCUGCUCUUCUUGUCAGACAGAGCCUCAAGAUAGAAUGUCCUCUAAUUCACGUGUCUUGUCUGAACACAGUAUCAGCUGUAGAGCUGUACUUAGUACCCUUCUUCGAGGGUGAGACUUUUGAUACCGUCAAGGAGAAGGGGGUUCCUAUCAUCGGUCCGGCAGCUAUCAUCUUCCUUAUAAAACAAGAGAUCCUGCUACCUCGGCGAUUGAAAAAAGGACAACACAUACUCUCCCUCUCCCUUCACGGCAGCAGAGUGUGCUGCAGUAACAUUGACAAGGACACACGUGACAUACUCUACAAACAGGUAGCAGCGAUGGGAGGGAAUAUAAGUACAGCCCUCACUUCAGACGUAACUCAUCUUGUGGUGGACGAAGUGGGCAGUAUGAAGUACCAGUACGCAGCCAAACUUGGAAUCCCAAUAAUGACCCCGGAUUGGAUCUCUGCUCUUUGGGAUAAAUCUAAGUUGCAGGUUGUUAAAAAUGACCGGAGUUGGAUCGAAGAGUACAAAUGUUUACCGUUUCGGGGCUGUACGAUCUGCGUUACUGGGCUGGACGUGGGACAGAGAUCCGAGGUGGAGCAGCUGGCCAAGAAACAUGGUGGUACUUACAGUGGGGACCUGGUCAUGGAGAAGUGUACUCACCUUAUAGCAGACUGUAAUUCUGGUAAUAAGUUCGAGUUUGCUAUGAAGUGGAAAAUACCCUGUGUCAGAUCAGCUUGGUUCUACGAAAGUAUUAAAAAGGGAGUAUGUUUAGAUGUAAAGGAGUACCAGCACUCCUCCGACAAGGAGAACAGACCCAAGACGCGUCCUACCUCGCACGACCCAUGUUGGAGGAAACACGUGACCUUGCCAACAACUCCCACGCUCCUGGAGGGGAGGGAGGCAUCCUCAGGCAGCUGCAUAACCUCGACCUCGACGUGACAGUUAACAAGGACAAGGGAUAUCUGGAGGGCUGCAGGAUCUUCUUAUCUGGUUUCUCGGCACUGGAACAGGAGACUUUAAAGAAGAUAGUGAACAACGGCGGUGGGAUGAGACUGGAUUUACUGUCUACAAGAGUCACUCAUAUAGUUACUAAAGUUACCAUCCUAAAGGAGAUAGAGAACCUGGUAUCACUGCACCCUGACGCUGCGGUUCUGUCACCUGACUGGCUGAUCAGGUCCAUGGAGAAGGGAGCUCAGGAGCCGGAACACAAGUACGACCUGGUACCCACCACUGAUCACGUGACUCCUGACAACCCUCUACCCACCAUCAGACCUGUCAGACCAACCAACCAGAGCGGAAGUGACUCGAUACUCGACCAAUACCGCACCACCAACACAAACUCUGACGUCACAGUUCUGUCUCGUGACGUCACAGUUCUGUCUCGUGACGUCACCAUGACAUCCGGUGACGUCACUGCCUCUGUCACUACUAACGAUACAACCGGAGCUGCUGUUGAUAGGACUCAAGCUCAAAACGCAUCGAUGGUAAUAAAGUCGGACCUGUUCAAAAGUUACAAGUUUUACAUCCCAACGAACGUGCCGACCAAGAUUGCAAGGAAUGUACAACAACAGAUCAUAGCUCACGGGGGCUGCUGCAGGCAGGAUAAUAUAGAUUUCUGCGUGGUGGACCCCUUCCAAGAACAACCUCCCUGUUGUCCUGAUAAAACACACGUGACUUACAUGUGGUUACAGAGGUGUAUCCAAGCAGGUGUGAUACUCUCAGUGUCUGAUUGUAUACUGUUCUCACCCCGCCACGUGCCCAACCCGUGUCACGUGCUGAGGGGAUGUGUUAUCUGCUACACUCAGUUUUCAGGGUUUGAGCUAGCUCACUUGGUGAAACUGGUUGAAGCGCUGGGAGGAGUCUGCCAAGGUACUUUCACACAAAAAACCAUAAAAAAUCACAAGAGAAUGCCUGACUGUCUCGCCUGUACCCACAUUAUAUACAAGCGGAAAGAGCUGGAAUCAAGCAACAAGAUAAAAGCGGCAAUGAAAUGGAACAUUCCGGCUGUCAAGAUAGACUGGCUUUACAAUUGCCUGGAAACUGUCUCCAAAGUAGACAGCAAGUUGUAUGAAGAUACUGACAUGUUGAAAAGUAAUGAGGUGAAGAGGGAAGAGGUUCUGGAAGAAUGUGCCCGAAAGAUUGCCGAAGAGAUGCCAAGAGGAGUCUCCGGUGUCACUAUCAAGAAGAAUGGGGUUCUGAAACACGACGAGGAAGGAUUCGUCACUCCUAUGAAGAUAAAACUAAACAAACUGAUCAAGGUAGAAGCAGCGAUGGAAGCGUUAGAAUCACCAGCUCCCGUCCACGACACCACCAUCAGUAGUCUGAACACUGUUUAUAAGAGGAACAUUGCUAACGCCAUGAAGAGAACCGCUCCACCUUCUAAAGUGCUUGGCGGGGUGACACUAGUAGUGAAGCAGAACAAGCAAGUAGAAGUUCCAGUGUCGGAGUGAAAUCGUUAGCUCGACGUAACGGAGCUGUUAUCAAAACUUACAUAGACAGAUCAUGUACUCACGUCAUAUGCAGUACGAAGGAGAUGAAAGAAUCCAACAUAGAACAAGCGAUAAAACAAGGCGUAAAAGCAGUGUCAUAUCAUUGGAUCAUGGCCUGUGAUGAACAGAAACGACGACUACCUGAAGUUGAGUUCCCGCCUGGUUUCGACCCAAAACGUGCCCUCAAUAUAUCAGUAUCUGAGGAUGUCCAAGUGUCUGCUGUAGAUAUUGAUAACACGGUCACUGACAAACAUACAAGCUUACUGGAGGACUCACAUUCUUUGGACCCGAAUCUAGCGAAAGAAAUCGACAUGCUAACGAAGAUCGCCCCAUCAGAAGAAAAAAGCACAGCUUUUGUCGCCCCUGGAACACCUCGAUCAAGGCACAAAAUACCAAAGAGGAGCACUACCCGCAAAAUAACCCCACUAGAAGUUCCUGUAGAGGACCUCAUGUCACAAGCUCCCCCCUCUGUAACAUACGAGGAUGGUCAGGCCGGGAGAGAAGCACUGGUUGCUAAAACAGAAGAUGAAGCUAAGCGCCCUGCUGCAGGUUCUCACACUCUCAUCCCCCGACCUAGCAACUCUCCUCCUGUGAACCCCUCCCCUGAUAGGAGUGUCAUCUCAUGUCACGUGACUGGUACUACGGUAUCAGACGAUACUCUCAACAACUCUAAUCUGCCUAAUAUUUCUCUGGCUCCUACUUCUAGUUCUACUCCUAACAGAUCAUCCGACCAGACACCAACAGUUCAAAAACUAAGCUCAGCAAAAGAGCUCUGUAAAGAUAAAGAUUUAACGGAUGACUUUGACUUCUCUGACUUAUCAAUGGAGCAGACAAAGGUGGAAGAGGAGAAACCAAAGCAGUUUGUCUUCAUGCUUACAGGGAUGAACGAUGCCGAGAAGAAGAUGUGCGGUGGGGUGAUUGAGAACCUUGGUGGUGAACUGAUUAAUUCUGUGGGUUUUGAUUCUAGAUGUACCCAUCUAAUCGCAAGUAAACCGAACAGAAACGAAAAGUUCAUCUCAAGUCUGGGUUCAGGUAUCUGGACACUGCAUCCCAGCUAUGUUACAGUGUCCAAGGAACAGGGUUCCUGGGUCGAUGAGACCAGCUACACGUGGGACAACUUCUCUUCUGACCUUAUGGGUAUAAACAAGAGUCUUGGAGAAGCCUCUUGUAGAUGGAUCAAGAAGAAAGCCUUCAGCACUUGGAGGGUGGUUCUCUGCAUCUCUUCCUCCAAGAUACGCAGCUUCAAAGGUAUAAUAGAAGUUGGAGGUGGAUGUGUUAUUCAAGAUAAACCUCCGUAUUCUGUACAAAGCGGGACUACACACGCUUUCUUCGAGUCCAAUCAAUCAUUAUCAGACAUUCCAGUGGGAGCGUUAAUUGAGGCGGGAGUUUAUUGUCUGAAGUUGGAGUACAUUCCUGAAUACCUCAUACACGGAGACAACCAGUCAAAGUUGGAAAACUUUCUGAUAGAACCUGCCAAAAAGUCCUUUAAAAACAUAAGGUCAUCGAAUUGGAAUGGAACGACUUCAAACAAAAGGUCAAUCGAUACGUCUUUGACGGGAACUCCUUCGAAGCGAUCAAAAACUUGAAUUUUGUUUGAGUGUGAACCACGGAGACAAUGACAUAUUCAAAUUCUAAAAGUAAAACAGCUCAGAUUUAUUUUAAAGUUGACUUAGUUGAGAUAUCAGACAAACUGCAACUGUAUAUUUUGCGAAUAUAUAAUUUUCACCCUGAAAAUCACUGGAAUAAAUUUUUAACAAUUUCGGACAUGGUAUUUGUUUCAGGUUUAACUUCUUAAUAUGUAUUUGGUUGAUUAAAUAUAUAUAAUGAGACCUUAUAAUAAGUUCAUAGGCUAAAUAAAUCCCAAAUUUUUAAAUAUCGUCGAUAAAGUUUUGUAUACAAAUAACAUACCGUCUAACUUAAAUUUCAUUACAUUCACCAGUCUAUCGUAGUAUCUAUCAUUUAGUAAAUCACUAACUCGGUCGAAGUUCGAAUCACGACUUUCGGGCCUUAAAAUCGCACAUAUUGUCAUUGAGGGUCAAAGGACGUCGUAUAAUCUUUAAGCGAAGACUUAAUUGUUCGUGAUAAGCGUAUUUUUACACAUUUUAAGGAAAGAGUCAGACUCCAUCGUAAGCAAAGACAAAUGAUUCUAUAAAUUAUGAACCAAAAAUAUGAACAGUUAUCAGUUACAGCUGCUUUUCAGGACUAGUUGAGUUAUUCGUCGGGAUCCCUAAUUCAUAUUCGUUUAAAUUCAGGUGGGACCUUCAAACUGUAUGUAAUAAUGUUAUUUGUGGAUAUAACUGCCAAUUUAAUUCAAGAAAUAUAAA